AUGGACCUGGAGAAGUUCUACCGAGAAGAUCAUGCCUUCUACAAGGUCAUAAUUGGCGAUUUCAACGCCAAUGUUGGCCUAAGAGGAACGCCGGAGGAACUUCACAUCGGGACCCACGGCCUACAAUGGAAUGACCAGGGAGAGAGGCUCUCCGAGUUCAUCAUGACGACUAAGACCAUCCAUGGGAACUCGCAAUUCCAGAAGCCCUCCUCUUUACGCUGGACGUGGGAGUCACCCGGUGGAGGGUACCGUAAUGAAAUAGACCACAUCAUCGUCAAUAAAAAGUUCUGCCUGACGGACGUCGGUGUUGUACCAAAGUUGUACACGGAAUCGGACCAUCGCCUCCUCCGAGGAAGAUUUUCCUUCACAAGGAGAGCAGGGAAAGCUGCCAAGUUUAGAGAGAGAAAUCCCAGGACCUUCAUCAACUGGGAUCUCUUCGCUGCGCUAGCCGGCUUUUGGGAAGAUUCCGCAAUGGGCAACAUCGACGAAGAAUAUGACCUGCUCGUUGAACACCUUCACGACUGUGCGAAGAAGGUUGAGAGUUUUAAAAUCACCAAGAGACACCUGUCUCUUCAAACUCUUGAACUGAUACGCCAGCGUGGAGCAGCACGAGCCGCAGGAAACCAAGAACUCACGUCCGAGCUCGCAAGGCUUUGUAGAGAGGCGAUAAAAGAAGACGUUAAAGAGAGAAGUGAGAAGUGCUGGCUGAAGCUGCAGAGGCGAGGAAAAGCAUCCGCUAUGCCCGUCGAGACUUCGCCAGUCGCAAGACGAGGAUGA